CUUUCUCACGCUUAAAUUCAGGUAGAUUGUGAACGAUCAGAAAGGCCGGAUGAAUGGCGACAGCCGCGAGUAAUCGCGAGAGUUGUCGCAAAGAAUGAGGAAUGCGACGGCCUCCAGAAUGUAGAAGAGACCUUCGCUUGUUACGCAAAUACGCAGAUCCACGGAGAUGACGAGAUGGUGAAGGGAGGAGGGUGAGAUGGAGGGUAUCGGCCUUGGCGAAAAGAGUAAACCUCGCCGGCUGUUCGAUGACCUAGAGGCAAGAGGUGCGAGACACACGGCGAUCCCCGACACAUCGUCGCCGGCGAGAUCCCCGAGCAACGGACCGCCCGACGACGUCGGGCGGCAUGGCUACGGGGUCCACACGAGCCGCGUUGCGGCGCACGUCGCGCAAUCCGUCGUGGACGCGGCCAAAGAUGGUUGCGAUCCCGACAUCACAUAUAACGGUGAAGGUGAACGACUACCAGAUAAAGCGGACUCACCUUCGGAGUGCUGUAAGUGGCCUGGGAAAUCGGGCUCUCGACGUGUUCAACAGCUACCGUUCACUACGUUCUCGCUGAAUGCACUGGCGCGACUAGCGGAAACCGCCAUCUUGCCCGGCGCUCGCGCGCCUACUUCCGGCGCGAUGCGGCGCGCCGAUUUGAAUCGCUCGUUUGCUCCUUCUAAAUUAGAUGAAAUGGUAUAUUAA